ACUUUGAAAUUUAAAAACCGGAAGUAACGUCAGUGCACUAUUAUGAGAGACUUGCUUGUGAUGUUGGGCUCAAAGCAGACGACCAAGGCGCCGCCAACAUUUGCUAGCUAGCAAACAUUGCCUUAUCCGGCGGUAACGUCAUAUUAAAAAAAUUGUUCAAUGGAGAUGGAUGACGAGCUGGAGAACUUCAUCAGGGAGCGGAAGGCGAGAAUGGCUGAGGAUAUAGCCAGUUUAGAACAAGACCCUCCUUACAUGGAAAUAAAGGCAAAACCCCACAGAGCCUAUGGGUCCACCGUUAAGGAGAACAUCCCUCCCAAGUCUAUAGCUCAGGGCAAAGAGGAGAGUUGCCCUGUGGGUCUACCGCUCGGCGUCGAGUACGAGAGGAAGAAACAGAGGCUGCAGCACGAGCUCCGGAUGGACUACAGGCGCUACAUGGCUCAGAAAAAGCACUUUGACCAUGCAGAGCUGGGACCAUUAAUUCACCUCAAUAACAGGAAAUCUAUCAAGCAACACCUGCUUGAAAACCAGGCAGGUGGUUUUCCGAAACAGCGCCCCCCCUCACGGAGGGAUGCCGCCACUCUAACGGAGGAGAGUAGGGGGUUGCACAGGGCUUCACGCCACGCUGAGGUGAAGACCCUCCGCCCCGAGGAGGACGAGGAGCAGUCGUCAGUCCUCCCCGGGCAUUGGGACCGGCUGGGGAAACUAGUGGACCAGGACUCAGAGGAGGAGGAGCUGGAGCUGGAGCUGAUGGAAGGAAGAAGACCUAGACAUAUAGGGGCUGAGGCCAAUUAUGAGAAUAGAUCAUCCAAUAGGACUUCUGGCAGGGAGAAGAGGGAGAAUCUAGUAGGCAGGGGAUCCAGAGCACUAACCAGAAAUGAGGAUGCAGAGUUUGCCACUGGCCUUUUAAUAGGAACAGCGGAUACAGCAGAUGCCUUACGGAGGAGGAAGGAGCGCUACAGACAGGACCUGCAAGAGCAGAUAGCUGAACAGCAUAUGAACAAGAAGAGGGAGAAAGAUUUGGGGCUGAAGGUUGCUGCAACCGGGGCAAAUGAUCCUGAGAAACAGCCGGACCGAAUCAGGCAGUUGGGACCGCACAGAAGAGAGAAUCAUCGGGUGCUGGAGCCUUCGGCGACAGGAGGGAGUGAAACCUCAUCCAGAGGCUUCCACUAUAACGUGAAGACCGGUGUUCGAGACGGAGAGACGUCUCCUCCCGAGCAGCCCCAUGUUGCCUUCCAGUCCCCUCUGCUGGACUACAGCUCUGCCCUGAGCCUGGGGGGUGGAGGUGUGUCUCCCAACAGCCAGCCUGCUGCCCCCUCCUUCCCCAGAGCCACGGACACUCCCAGAAUGCUGUUGUUCCCUCCUCAUCCUCCCUCCACUCUCAGUGAAGCCUACAGAAACCCAUAUGGAGAGCCCCAUCACUACUACGGCACCAGAAACCUGCUCGACCCGAACUUGGCCUACUAUGGUCACUUGUCUGUUCCGGGUGCCGGCCUUCCCAUGUCCUACUGGAACGUACCACCGGGGGGAGCUCUGCCCAGUCAGUUUGGUGACCACAGCCCUCACAGCCAGCACAGUGGAAGCAGCUUCCCUGAGCCUCCAAUACAGCCUAGCAAUGAGGCUGCUGCUGUCGACUCACAAGUCAGGGCUUUCCCUUCUGACAGAUCCAGAUCAACCCGGGACAGGAUUUUGAGCUACAGGGAGUCUUUGAAACAACAGGAAGUUUCCAGGAGAUGCAACAGCGAGCUUAACAACCAGAUCCAGGAGCAACAGGAACAGAGGCGUCUAGAGAGGGACGAGAGGGAGCGCCACGAGGCCCGGCUGGAGGCCGACAUGAAGAAGCACCAGCCCUGGGGCCGGGGAGGCGGAGGAGCCCCACUCAGAGACAGCACUGGAAACCUCAUCGCUGACCUCAACCAGAUGCACAAACUGAAUGAGGAGGCCUACAUCAACCCGGAGCAGUGGCAGAGGAGAGCCAUGGCUGCCAUGACGGCCCGCCAGGCGGAGCUCCCUGACCCCACCGACAGGCUCUCUGUCUCUGGUACUGUAGCAGAGCACAGUAGCCAUGACACUAGCGACAGGCUCUCUGGUUUUACCCAUGCCCAAACCCCCCAGUUUGCCCGAGGCAAUGUGUUUUCCAACCAGCCCAGCCAACAACAGCUCCAGGAGCAGGACAAGUACAAAGCUUACCUCAAACAGCAGAUUGAGGAGAAAAUGCUUAAAAAGGCAGAGGAGAGGGAACAGACAAGAUUGGAGGAGGAGAAAGAGGAGAAGAGGCUGGCGGAGCAGAGGGCUCGCAUCCAGAGGGAGUAUGAUGAAGAACAAGAGAGGAAGAAACAGAAGGAAAUGGAGCAAAAGGCCAAGAAUGAAGAGCUGAUUAAGCUAGCUGAACAGAGGAAGAAGGAAGUGGAGAGAGAGAAGAAGGAAGCAGAAGAGAAGGAGAGCAGAGCAGCACUGAGAAGAGAGUACGAGAGGGAGAGGCAGGCUCGGGUGGAGGAGAUCUGCAGGGAGCCCUCACCUCCAAUCCCCGCUCUGCAGAGGAAACAUGGGCUACACCAGUACACCCCCAGGCCCCCCACUGUUGACAGCCAGCAUUCAACUGCCCCACUGUCUGAGCGCUCUUUAUCUGGUCUCCAGUCCCCUCCUGUCCCUGCUUGUAGGAAUCAGCUCCGAGCUGCAGGUGACCAGCACAAAGUGUUCAGCGAGCUGUCAGCGCUGCGUCAGCAGCUUCGCAGUGAACAGAAACGGCUGGAGGGCCGUCUGCAGCAGGGCGACUGGGAGGAACUAGACUCUGCUCUGAGUGACAGACAUCGGGAGCGUCCCCCGGUGGGCGUGUUUGAUAUGGCCAGGCUGCGGCUCCAGGCGCCGGUCCGAAGGCCGAACUCCAGAAACAUGGAGCCUAGAAACCUGAGGCAAAUCCACGACUCCGAUCAGCUCAAAUACACAGACAGUGAGUUCAGGCUGGGCUUCAGUGAGGUUCCUAAGAGGGAGGAAGUCGGUGUGGCCAACGGGAGGAGGCGGGACUACAGGGAUCCAUAUCACCAGUUCAGCAGCCAGAGGUCUACAAUCCAGGACGAUUAUUUUGACCUGUCCCCACUGCAGCAAAAUGAUUAUGUGAGGAGUGUGAUGGGGUCUGCAAGAGGUUCUCUGCUGGACUCAGAGAGUGCUUUCAUUGACCCCCUAGGCGAUGCCUUUCCAGUGCCGCGCACCCCGGAGCUUGAAAAAGCCCCUCUGCUGUCAGCCAGAGAGAGGAGGCGGCUGGCCAAACAGGAUGGAGCUGCUUCCAGCCAGCCCUUUGGCCAACACGAUGACUACUCCCUCCACACAGGUAACAGCCGGCAGCAGGAAGUGGAGCCCAGCGGUGAGGGGCGGGGCCAGUACAGGACAGAUCACCCGAGGGCUCUCAGUCGUCGUGGCAACACAGCUGGACCAGUGGAUCUGUCUGAUGACAGCUUCUCCCCUCCCCGGUUUCCUCUUCACAAUCUUAACCAUCGGAGCUCUGUAGAAAGUGUCUCCACGGACCCCUGGACGCGGCCAGGAACAUCGGACACACUGAAAGGUUUUGAGCGACCAUCAAGAAGGGAGCGCUUGGUGACGUAGCGGGACUGGGAGGUGCCUUCUUCUUCUGACAGCUCGUCUUAACACACUCUUUGAAUCAAGAGAUCAUGAUUUGUUUUAACUUAUGGCUUUGUGAUGGAUGGAUAUGUCAAUACGAAUGUCUGGAAAAUGAUUAUGGGUAUGUACAUUUCGUUAAAUCAUUGUUUUUAAGUCAGAAAACCUCAAUAUCACAGUGAGAACACACAUGUACUAUUUUAAAAAUGACUAAAUUAUGUCUUAAAUAAAUUAUAUUUUAAGUAUA